AUGCAACAACUUCUUGAUUCAAAUGAGGCUCUUAUAGCUUACACAGUACUUGGUGGCUUUAUUGUAAUCUUUGGCUUGGUGUCAUUAAUUGUGAAAGAAAAACUAUAUCUCAGUGAAGCCCUGGUAGCCACCCUCCUAGGAUUAUUAAUAGGCCCUGCUUGCUUAAAUCUUAUUGAUCCUACUCAAUGGGAGUAUCAAGAUGCUAUAACAGAAGAAUUAACGCGUAUUGUGCUCGCUAUUCAAGUAAUGGCUGCAGCUGUGAAUUUACCAAGAACAUAUGUCACGCGACACGCUGCUUCGAUGCUCAUAAUGCUCUUUCCUGUUAUGAUUUUUAUGUGGAUCGUGAGUGCGUUUAUAAUAUAUAUUUUCAUUCCUGACGCAGGAUUUACUGAAACCUUACUUAUCGCAUCUUGCAUCACGCCUACUGAUCCCAUAUUGGCAAACUCCGUAGUUCAAGGAUCAUUUGCUGAAAAACACAUUCCAACACAAAUACGACAUCUUUUAUCAGCUGAAAGCGGAGCUAAUGAUGGAAUGGGAUUUCCUUUUCUUUUUCUUUCUUUAUAUCUUCUACAGGCGCCAAAUAAUCCUGGUUCGGCUAUUGGUAAAUGGAUAUAUUAUGUUUGGGGAUAUCAUAUACUUUUCUCAAUUCUACUUGGCUUUCUGAUCGGAUGGUCAGCGAGAAAACUGCUGCACAUGGCAGAAAACAAUGAUUGGAUUGAUAAAGAGUCAUUCUUGUCAUUUUCUUUUGCUCUCGCUAUCUUUACAGUCGGAUUUGUUGGUAUUUUAGGCUCUGAUGCUCUUUUGGCUUGUUUCGUGGCUGGGACUUCAUUCGCCUGGGAUGACUGGUUUCGUGAAGAGAUGAGAGAUGCACAUCUACAAGGCGUAAUUGAUUUGUUACUCAAUCUUACGACAUUUAUAUAUAUCGGAACAAUGUUGCCCUGGUCAUCUUUUUACAAGGAUACAUUGUCAUUAAGACAUCUCGUUCCAAUUAGUGUCCUCGUCUUAAUUUUUCGUCGUCUACCCAUCGUUGUUGGACUAAAGAAAUUUAUUCCAGCAAUACAUACUUUUAAGGAAGCGUUAUUUGCUGGUUAUUUUGGACCAAUAGGAGUUGGCGCGAUUUUCCUAGCGGUCACUGUUGAAAAAGAGAUCGAAAAAACUUUACGGGAAUAUCCUCUAGAUGAUAUCGACGAAAAGGGCUUGUUGCAUACAAAGGAGCGCGUUUUUCCAAUUGUUGCAUUCAUUGUGUUAAGUUCAGUAGUAGUUCACGGUAUCACCGUGCCAAUACUAAACAUUGGCUCGCGGAUUGACAUUGAACGAUUUCCCAGUAUCGCAAGUAUCAGCAGCCAAGUAGCAAGAUUGCCUGUAAUUGAUUUCGUUGAGAGUUUAACCUUAGAACGGGAUUCUCAAGGUCGAAUCAGAAAGAGGGAAAAAGCGAAAGCCGAGGUGUAUAGAACGCCUGCACGUACAUUAGAAAGUUCGAGAAACGAACAAGAAAUACCCGGUGCCAAAAUUGAAGUAGCCGAGGAAGAGAAAUUUGAUACAAAUACAGAGGAAGCUGAUCAUGUGACAACAGGUGUGCUGGUAGACUUUGAAGAUGGCAGCGAAGGUGUUACGCAAAGUUCGAGCUCGUCUUCGUCGUUAUUAGAUUCUGAUAUCAGUGAAGGAGGCUCAAAUUGUUCAAAUUAUGCUUCACGUUCCACUUACCAUCAUGCUACCUUGAAUAAUUUGGAUUGA